UGCUGUUUUGUUUGAUUGAAGUUGAUGCCAAUCUCUCUUUGUUUUCAGUUGAGGACAGGAUUUCGCACACAUAUGUAGCUAUCAAAAUACUAAUUUUUAAGUAAUCCAUCUUUGGAAGUAUGGGGAAAUAAUAAUAUUUGGAGAUAAAAGCUGAAAGUACGUCGGGACUUCAGAGUCAUGCCUAUCCUUUUUCUAGUGCUCUUGUGCCUCAGUGUAUCAAGGAUCACAUUUGAGUUGUGCAGGUGGUUUCUACACAGUGGAAGUUUAGGAGGAGCCAGGUGCUUUACAGCUGCUUUUGCACUGAGAUGCCAGUUACCAAGGCAAGAGAUUUGUAGCAAGAAGGAGCAAUUAUAAGGUUGUCUAGCUUGAAGUUUCAUUUUAGGACCUAAAAUGGAGGUAAAUGAAGGAAUAAGGAUACGGUUUCUUUUUGAGAUUUGUUGUUGUGGUGAUAUUAGCAUGCAUGUUAUCAUGUUCAGAUUAAACAUUAUCAUGAGCUGUUUGGACAGCUUCAUUUUCUGGUUCAGCUGAUACAGUUUGGAAUAUUCAGUGGAAAAAAACGGCCCGCGUGGUGCUGUGACAAGUUGUGUACAGGGACAUUUUGUUUGUUAAGAAGGCGAGGCGGGGUGUUUGUGCCCGUGCGUGCCCUCUGUGUCGGGGUACACGCGGGCAACCCCCCCGCAGACCCCACCCCGCUGGCACGGGCAGGCUCCCGGCGCUGCUCCCCCAGGGGCUGGUGAGUCAGGAAAAAGCACUAUUGUGAAACAAAUGCGAAUCCUACAUGUCAAUGGAUUUAAUUCAGAAGAAAAGAAACAGAAAAUACUGGAUAUUCGGAAAAAUGUUAAAGAUGCGAUUGUGACUAUAGUUUCAGCAAUGAGCACUUUAAUACCCCCAGUUCCAUUGGCCAACCCAGAAAACCAAUUUCGAAUGGACUACAUCAAGAGUAUAGCUCCUCUUUCUGACUUUGACUAUACACAGGAAUUCUUUGAACAUGCAAAAAAGCUCUGGGAUGAUGAAGGUGUAAAGGCAUGCUUCGAGAGGUCAAAUGAAUAUCAGCUGAUUGACUGUGCACAGUACUUUUUAGAAAGAAUUGACAGCGUCAGCAUGGAUGACUACACACCCACAGAUCAGGACCUAUUAAGAUGCAGAGUGUUGACAUCAGGGAUUUUUGAAACACGAUUUCAAGUAGAUAAAGUAAAUUUCCACAUGUUUGAUGUAGGUGGCCAGAGAGAUGAGAGAAGAAAAUGGAUCCAAUGCUUUAAUGAUGUCACAGCUAUCAUCUUCGUUGUGGCUUGCAGCAGCUACAACAUGGUAAUAAGGGAAGACAAUAACACAAAUAGACUACGGGAAUCCCUGGACCUUUUCAAAAGUAUCUGGAAUAACAGGUGGUUACGGACCAUUUCUAUCAUUUUGUUCUUGAAUAAACAGGACAUGCUGGCUGAAAAAGUCUUGGCAGGGAAAUCAAAAAUUGAAGAUUACUUUCCUGAAUACGCGCAUUAUACUGUACCUGAGGAUGCAACACCAGAUGCAGGAGAAGACCCCAAAGUCACAAGAGCCAAGUUCUUCAUCCGGGAUGAGUUUUUAAGGAUAAGUACAGCGAGUGGAGAUGGCCGGCAUUAUUGCUACCCACACUUUACAUGUGCAGUGGACACAGAAAAUAUCCGCAGAGUGUUCAACGACUGUCGAGACAUCAUUCAAAGGAUGCAUCUCCGCCAGUACGAACUCUUGUGAGGGGGAUCACCGUGGAACCUGUGGUUUUAAAUUCUUUGCUCCUUACUCUUUCUCUUGAUACUACCCCACACAGGGUGGAAGAAUAUACUAUAGAAAUGUCAGUCUCUUCACUUUGUUUACUUUAAUUAUUUAACCUUAAAGCUGAUUUGAAGCGAGUUUGGGUUAUUUUUCCUUCAUGCUUUUUGGGACGAUUUUUGUGCUUUAUUUUGACAUGCCACUUCUUCGUCAUUCCACUAAGCCCCUCGGCUACCUCUGUUCCCUUAGGUUUUGUUUUUUUAAACUGAACGUGACCUGCUAAAUUUUUUCCAGUGGGUUAACCUCAGUUCAAACUGGUAUGUCAGCUGGAUGACACUAAAGUCAUACCUAUCCCUCUGUGUGGGUUUCCUUUUGAACAUGACAUUGAAGAGUACUUGAUGGGUGAAAAAAAGAUUAAUGCACUUUGUAUCAGGUUAUUAAAUACUGUUGAGGAAGUAGACACACAAUGUAGCAGCACCACAAUAUUUAUUACUCUGUCACAGUUUUUAGCAUUUCUGAGUUGCAGGUCAACUGAUAAAGUGACCUCCUCUUUUAAGCCGUUACUGGCACAGGAAGUAGAGUAGAUAAUGAGAGGAACAGUGAAGACAAAGCAAUUUUUCUGGGGUUUUGGAGCUAAGUGUCUCUGCACACCUCAGGCAUUUGAAUUACAGCUACUUUUCAGCCUGUUGCAUCUAGGCAGAAAAUUUACCACCCUCACUUAUGUUAUUUGUGCUGUCCACAAAUGAUCCUUUUAGUUCCGAUCAUUCUUGGACAACAGUCCUCUCCCUAUAUAUAUUUUUUUGUUUUAUUGCUGGUUUAUUAUAUUGUACAGACUGUAAAAUGUAAUAUUAUUUUGUACAACUUUAUUGAAGAAAAAUACUUGUAGAAGAUCUUUGUGCCUUGAUUAUGGCUGUACCUGUAAAAUGAGCUAAGAUGUAAGUAUGUUUUUGAUUGCGCUGUACAGCUUGAUGUCAACCUUACCUGCAGCAGUGACUGGAGGUAAGAACUUUAUCUGUAGAGUUUAGGGGUUUUUUUCUGGUUUAUAUAAAAAUGCUCUUUAGUAUAAAAAUUAUAAAUUAUGCAAAUUAACCACUUACCUUUCCAAGUAAGGUAUUACAGUCACCGGAUGUUGCAGCAAACAUGCCUUUCUCUUUUGAAGUCUCAGCUUUAAAACAUUGGAAUUCAUUCAAGUGUCCAAAUUGCAACCUGGUGUUGUUUUAAUGGGAACCAAGGAUUUAGUUUUCUUUUUUUCUUUUUGUCCUUUAUAUUUAGAAAAUAUGUUUGGUAAUUCUUUGGUCAUUCAUAGAACUUCACAAUUGCACAGACCGAUUGUGAAUGUGUAAAGCACCAUUAUAUAGAGCUCUUCAAUCUUUGUACCAACAGCAGCUUUCAUUGUGCAAGUAAAUAUCAAGAAAGAAGAUAAGAAAAAAAAAGGUGUAUAAACCCUUGUGUCUGGCCUAAGAGAAUUACAAGAUGACAUUUUUAUUUCUCUUUUAAUAAAGAGACACAUUAGAAAAUUGUUUUAUUUUAAAUAUUGUAGAAUCAAAAUGUGUGAAUAUUUCUCAAACUUGAAUAAUUUAUGCAAAUGACAUUCUCAAAACAAGUUGUGGUACAGUACAAUAUAUAAAAAGCAAGAAUUGCUGUAGCAAUAAGGCAUGUCCUUUUUAGUAACUAUAACACUGCUUUAUAUUUUAUACAUAGGUGUUUUAUGUCUGUGACUAUAUACUUUUCCUGUGUCCAAGAUAACCUGUACAAAUGUCUAAAAUUACAGUUGCAAUAACAGAAACCAAGAGAAAUGUUAGACUACAUUACUUUAUAGAGUGUUUUACCACACUUUGGACCAUUCCCCCCAUUUCAUUUUAAAUUUAGGGAGAGAUUAAUAGCUAACACAAUCCUCACACUGGCAUAAAAAUUAGUAGGUUUUAUUAACUUUUUACUGUAAGUAUCAUUAUUAGUUAUAAACCCCAAUCAGACCUCUUUUUAAAUUCAGACUACAGACCAGUUGAGAACUUGUUUCUAGUUAAAUAUAAAACAGUCCCAUUUUAGAUACUAUAAUAUGAUCAUUUCUCUUCCCAGAAAUGUGUUACGUUCAAUUUAGUUAUAUUUCCCAAAAAGUGAAAGGCUGGGUGGAAUAAGCUAAUAGUAAACAAAAUUCCCAAAAUUCUCUCACUUCUUUCCCAUGCCAAAGAAAGUAAUAGAGCGAAUAACAAAAGAUAGUCUUUUUUAUUUAAACUAUCCCCAGCCCAGAAGUUCAGGUUAGAGCUCCCAGCCUCUGCAGGAACAUCAGCAGGAAAACUGGUUCUGGUGUGAAAUAGUCCCUCUGUUUUUUCCAGGGCAGGUGGGGAGCAGCAGUAGGUUUGUCCACCUUCCCUCACACAGUGAAGAUGCUGAGCUCAGAUUUUAUCUUCUCCGUGCUGACCCCCGGGCUGGGGCCUGUGGCACAGCUGGUGGCCUCGGCCUCUCGUGCAGUUCAACAUGUGACAUUACAACAAAGUCGACAGGACUUGGCGCCCUGCAGGAAUCUAAAAUAACGUGCACUCCUAUCCCUAUCUGUCCGUAGACUGAGGGCCAAGGCAUAGGAUAAUGUUACUGCAGCUGUAUUUGACCUCCCUUCUUGCAGGAGAUCAGAAACUGGAGGGCCCCUCACCACACAGAUCUCUGGGAUGCAAUAGGGCCCUCUUUUUUUAAACUCAUCAUAGCACAUCUCUUUGAAAAUAGCAGCUUGAGGUGUCACCCUAAUUUUUUUUAAGCAGGUUUUAAGUGUGUAUCAGCAAACUGGAUCCAUGAGCUUCUUCCCUUUGUUGUCUGGUAGACGAUAACUGCAAAUUACAGUCAGCUAACAAUUUACUGUGUCAAGAACCAGAAGAUCUCAUCCCAAACCACAGUCCCCUUACAAAUGACACCCUAAAAAGGUUAUGGAAAUCAGCAUCUCUCAGUGCUGAUGCAUCUAGUUUCUGCCUGACCCUAGAACACAAGCAUGACAUUAGAAGGGCCAUGCAGCAAUAAAACAGAGAAACGUUUCCAGUUUGCAGGAUUCAGCCUCCACCAGGGUAAGACACUAGUGCAGACAAGUGAUGAGGCUAUAGGAUUUACAUAAUGUACAGUUACACUUUUAAUAUACAUAUUUGAUACAAAAAUUAUAGCAGGAAAAGGACUCAUUUGAUUGUCGAAUACAGUAUUUUUGUACAGCAUGAAACGUUCAUUUCAGUUAAUUAUUUAUCCUGUAGUAGUCAUAUCAGCUGUAUAGGACUUCUAUGGUAUGUAUAAAUGCAACCUGCCUUCAGACUAGCAAUCAAAUUAGGUCAUUUGCUGGCAUGAAUAUAGUCUGAUGUUUGACUGUUCUCAGCUUUGGUAUUUCAGUGACUGAAUGCAGAUGUCUGGCUCUUCAUACUGCUUUAUGCUUACUGAUUAAACGCUGAGCAAAAUAAAACGGUGGAGUGAGAAGCUGAACAUGAGCUAGUAUCAGGAUCACAAACAGAGCACCUGCUGCACAGUAUAUAGUAAAGACUCUGCUCUCAUAUGGAAGGAAGCAUUUUUGGAGGGAGAAGUCAGUUGGUGUUAUGCUGCCCUGGAAAAGAAAUGAAGACUGUCACUUUGCUGUGUUACAGUGGGUUCUGAAUCAGGAGGAAACACCACGGCUGACAGAUCUCCAAUUUCUAAAUCCUAUGUUGGGUGGCAAGGGUUGGGGCCAGUUUCCUAGUACCAGUGCCUUCUCCAGGGGGCUGAAGAGUCCAUACCUUGCGGUGCUGGGCACUAACUGGAAUAUUCACCAGGCCAACACGAGCCCAGAAGCCAAUCUUCCCAUCUAGAGUAAAUCGAGACCUGGGCUCCUCAUCUGAUUUGCCUUCAAGAGAAGCCUAACUUUAGCUGCUGUAAACCCACCUGGAAGGAGCCUUUCCAAGCUAAAGUUAGGUUUUGUGAAUGUGCCCCUUCCUCCUCCAGAACCCUCCUCCUACCCAGUACAUGCUGCAAAAAAACACGUUGGCUAAUCCAAAUUAUAAACGUGAACUUCAACAACAAAGAACUUCAUUGGGUUUUGGCUUGACUUUGCAGUUCAAAUUAAAGUUUACAAUGGACCGAGGCUGAGGAGUUAAAACAGUAGUGAAGAUGAUGCAACUUUAAUUAGCCAACCUCUCGUUUUGCAGUGAAGAUGCACUGUCUGGUAUGUGCAGAGAAUGUCUGUAGUUUGAAGGCAGCUACUCUCAGGAAUAUGGAAUAAACAGAACUACUUUCAACAACAAAUAUUAACAGUUGCAUAAAAUGAAUUUAGAAGUUUGGGGUUAUCUGUGUAUUAAGCAGCCUAAACUCAACACCAGUAAAAAAAUACAUAAAAGAUUCCCCCCUCAAGUCACAGACUACUCUGUAAACAGAUUGUAGGUUUUGCUUCUUACUCCAAGUUUUUAGGAGUUCUGUUUUGUUUUUGAACUUGGGAACUAAUUGAUUUACCUCUAAGGAUAUACUGAGCACUGGAACUGCCUGCACAAGCAUAACCAACACACUGUAUAAAAUGUGAAUUGGCAAUGAGGAGGCAGAUUGUGGGCACGUCACAAACGCUGUCACUGCGUGAAGUGGUUAAUGCACAAGUCUGAAAACCAUCAUCACCCUGCAAAAGAGUCUGAGGUGGAUACAGUCUUGUUUUCAUAGUUGGUAAAUCAACCACGUCAAACUAGUCUUUCUACUGUUCAGUGCACAAUACUGAUUAUUUUUACAAGUCAGUAGUUUACAAUGCACCCUCUUUAUAAGAAAAUGUUAGAUGCUUGUACCCAUAUACUAAUUAGGUCUUCAACAGCAUUGCUUUGUACCACACAGAACAUGUGGCUCCCACAGAUGUACUUUAUAAAGUGGAUGCAGUGUACUGAGUGGGUUGGGUGGGUAGGCAAUUUUUUUUUUAUUUUUUCGUUUUUACAGGUAGAAUCAGUUUUAAAAUAUAGCUGACUGCCAUGUUGAUUUAUUUAUGAAAGUUAUCUGACAAAAAUAAAAAAAAAUUAAAACUUA